AUGGUUGCUUUGGAAGAUAAACCAACGUAUGGAGGCUGCGAAGGCCCAGAUGCCGAAUACGUGAAACUCAUUUUUUCGGAUGGUCACGAGUUCAUUAUUAAGAAAGAAUACGCUCUUGUUUCUAACACCAUCCGAGCCAUGUUGAGCGGUCCCGGAGAAUUUGUUGAAAACGAAGCCAACGAAAUCCACUUAAAAAAAAUACCAUCCCACGUGUUGCAGAAAGUUUGUCAGUACUUAACGUACAAAGUCCAUUAUACGAAUAGUUCAACUGAAGUACCAGUGUUUCCGAUUGAGGUGGAAAUAGCCUUGGAAUUGGUGAUGGCUGCUCACUUGUUGGACUGUUAAUAACCUUGAAUUUGUGACUGUUCUCUUUCAUGGAUUGGACAAAUACUUGGUCUUCGCGAAGUGUCUUACGAUGCCAGGACCGACGCAAGAAGGUAUUGUGAUUGUAAUAUUUAGUCUACCUUUCAUUGUAAGAUCGAAAUUUUUGAGUUAACAUUCAUUCAAAAUUCGGGCUUCCAGGUGCGCAUGUUCGGGUAGACGACUACGGUAUUCAAAAUUAGAUGGCUCUAUGGUAUCGUCGUUUUCACACAAUACGAGAAACAUCAAUCCAUUCAGCUUUUUCAUUAUUUAUUUUUUAAAUAAUAUAGGAAGACCCGCUCAGGGAAUAAAAGGCUGAGUCAACCUUGCCCAGCACGGGAAUGGAACCCCAUGCGACGCGCUAGCCACUGCGCCACUGGCCGGCCCUCAGAAAAUAAGCCUACCCCUCCUAAAAAAGAUUUUCCUGCCAUAAUUAUUCAUACCAUUUCUGUAAAACUUACUACUUCUAAAUUAAAAUACAGUGAUGCACUUAAGAAACAUAUCGCCCCAGAAUAUCAGAAAUUAUGCAAAUUUUCUCAGAACUUAAAGUUUUUCAUCCAAUCAACAGUAUCGCCAGGCUCACCCAUCAGAUCAGCAACGCCAAAAAUACUACCAAAAAAAAAAAAAAAAAAAAAAAAAAA